AUGGGUGCAGCUGUGAUUCUAUUUCUACUCAUUUUAAUUGGCCUCGGAAGCUCAGGCACGAAUGAAACAGGGUGGUGGUGGUGGACCUCAAUAAAGGCUCAAAAUACAUAA